ACAAACAACAGUCAAAACUGUUAACUCCAACACUACGCAAUUCCACUCUCUCUCCCUCACGAAUCACUACAAAUGUGUUCUGCAUACAAUCUCACACUCCCAAAUCCCACACACAUGUCCAUUUUCAUUUCACUUCUAUAAUCUCUCUCUCUCUGAUCAAAAAUUCCAAAACGAAUUCGCAAUGGAAACAAAGCUCUUCUCUCUCUGCCAUCAACCUCGCCAUUUCUCUCCCAACUUAGGGUUUCCAUCCACGAACUUCAAUUCCACACUCAAACUCAAGCUCAAUCUCCCUCAACCUUCUUCGAAGCUAGGUUUUCGAACGAGUCCGAUCGUGUUCGCUUCCACUUCGACUUCACAAGGUGAAUCUAACGCGUCCUCCACCAUUGAAACAGAGAAGCAAAGCUCGGCCUCUGUUAGUCCCCUCUACGUGCCUACCCCUCCAAAUCGAGAGCUUCGAACCCCUCACAGCGGGUACCAUUUUGAUGGAACCACUAGGAAGUUCUUUGAGGGUUGGUACUUCAAGGUCUCUAUUCCGGAACUCAGGCAGAGUUUCUGCUUUAUGUAUUCCGUGGAGAAUCCUGCAUUCCCUAAGAAAUUAUCGGCUUUGGAAGUAGCACAGCAUGGACCUAGAUAUACUGGAGUUGGGGCUCAAAUUCUUGGCGCAGGUGACAAGUAUAUUUGCCAAUACUCUGAAGAAUCUCGUAACUUUUGGGGAAGUAGGCAUGAGCUAAUAUUGGGGAAUACUUUUAUUGCGGAAAAAGAAUUGAAGCCUCCAAACAAGGAGGUCCCUCCUCAGGAAUUUAACAAAAGAGUGGUGGAAGGGUUCCAAGUCAGCCCAUUAUGGAAUCAAGGAUUCAUUCGUGAUGAUGGCAGGUCAAAUUAUGUGGAAACAGUGAAGACUGCUCGUUGGGAGUACAGUACCCGCCCUACUUAUGGAUGGGGUAAUGUUGGGUCCAAACAGAAGUCCUCAGCAGGCUGGCUGGCAGCUUUUCCAGUCUUUGAACCCCAUUGGCAAAUAUGCAUGGCAGGUGGAUUGUCAACAGGUUGGAUAGAGUGGGAUGGUGAAAGGAUUGAGUUUCAAAAUGCUCCUUCUUAUUCUGAAAAAAAUUGGGGUGGAGCAUUCCCAAGAAAAUGGUUUUGGGUUCAGUGCAAUGUUUUUGAAGGUGCAAGUGAAGAAGUUGCUCUUACUGUUGGCGGUGGGUUGAGGCAACUACCUGGACUAACGGAGAAUUUUGAAAGUGCUGCAUUGAUUGGAGUUCACUAUGGUGGAAUAUUCUACGAAUUUGUGCCAUGGAAUGCUGUUGUCAGUUGGGAAAUUGCUCCUUGGGGUAACUGGUACAUUGUUGCCGAGAAUCAGACACAUAAGGUUGAAGUAAAGGCAACGACGAAGGAUCUGGGUACGACAUUGCGUGCUCCAACAACUGAGUCUGGCCUUUCUCCAGCUUGUAAAGAUACUUGUUUUGGUGAGUUAAGAUUGCAAUUGUGGGAGCGGAGAUCUGAUGGCAAUAAGGGGAAGAUUAUAUUGGAUGUUACAAGUGACAUGGCAGCUGUAGAAGUAGGAGGGGGACCAUGGUUCAACACUUGGAAGGGAGAAGCGACAACGCCCGAGCUCCUUAGUAGAGCUCUUAGGGCUCCUGUUGAUGUGGAUGGGAUCUUUGGUUUGAUUCCAUUAUUUAAACCCCCUGGUCUGUAGCAACUUGCUGCGUUGCUUUACUCACAAGAGGAAGUAUGGCAUGACGAUUCUACAAUGGCAAAAGUGUCUUUCGGAUGUGUAAAGAGUUCUGUGGAUGUUUAUUUGAAGUUUUGAACUGUGUAAAAACCGUGACACAUUUUUUAACUUGGAUAAUUUCUUUUGCA